AAACACCUAGAAACGACGUGUCGUUCCACUCCCAACUUCCUUUCGAUUUAACACUCAUGACGACAUAACUUUCUUCACACUAGAAGAAGCCUGAUCUGUUAGUGAAAGAGAAAACAAUACAAAACCAAUUGGGCAUUGCAAAACUCCCUCUUCCAAACUCCAAUUCCAUGGGUUUAAGCAACAAUAUCACCGCAAUUCUCAAUUUCUUAGCUCUCCUCUGCUCCAUCCCCAUAAUCGGCGCUGGAAUUUGGCUCGCUUCGAAGCCGGACAACGAAUGUAUCCAUUUCUUCCGAUGGCCAGUGGUUCUCAUCGGCGUCUUAAUCCUCCUCGUCUCUUUAGCUGGCUUCAUCGGUGCCUAUUGGAACAGACAAGGCCUUCUCGCUUUUUACCUCUUCUGUAUGGCUCUUCUGAUCGGUCUCUUGCUAGUUCUCCUCGUUUUUACCUUCGUCGUUACUCGCCCUGACGGAAGCUACACCGUCAUGGGGAGAGGAUUCAAAGAGUACCGAUUGGAUGGAUUCUCGUCGUGGCUUAAAAGUCAUCUCACGAACUCUAGAAAUUGGCCGAAGAUAAGAACGUGUUUGGCGGAAUCUGAUGUUUGUCCUAAGCUUAAUCAGCAAUACUUCGCCGCCGAUCAGUUUUUCGCGGCGGACAUUUCGCCUCUCCAGUCGGGGUGCUGUAAACCUCCAACAGCUUGUGGGUUUAACUUUGUGAACCCAACACUGUGGCUGAACCCUGUGGAUCCAAUGGCUGACCCAGACUGCUAUAUUUGGAGUAAUGACCAAACCCAGUUGUGCUACAAUUGCAACUCUUGCAAGGCUGGCCUCUUGGGAAAUCUCAGAAGAGAAUGGAGAAAAGCCAACGUGGUUCUCAUUGUCACUGUGGUGGUCUUGAUUUGGGUUUAUGUAAUCGGCUGCAGCGCCUUCAAGAAUGCACAAACUGAGGACCUCUUUCGUCGUUACAAACAGGGAUGGAUCUGAUCUUGUUUCUGUUUGUAUCCCAAAACACGGCCACUCUUUCAUUGGCUUUUCAUCUCUGUGUAGGAUGUCUUUACUUCACCUGUGUAUAUUCAUUUUGUUCUUUUCAUAUCUAGAAAUCCCCAUAAUUGUAGAGUUUGCAGAUAGAAGAACCAAGUUCUGGAAUCAUUUCUCUAUAUGUUUAUUAAUUGACUUUGCCUCAGAUAAGAAUACAUUUUUUUAGUGAUUUUGACA